GUAUCAGCUUCAUUAUUCUAUUGUGGUGAAUACAAAAAGAUCGUCAAACAAAUAACUAUAAACACUCAUGUGAAUACACGAAAUCACUUGACGUUUCAGUAAUUGUGCAACUGUGUACAGAAGCAAAGUAUUGUAUUUCUAACGAAAAACGAAAAGGAUCCUUUGUUGAACUUUUAUAAGAUGAAAACCGAAGAAUCGAGAAUGAGAGUGGUUGUAACGUUGCUAAGUGUGCUGUUCAUUUCAAUGGUACCUGUGAACUCGAAUCCAGAAUUGAAAUUACUACAAAUUGUAUUUGCUCAUAAGACGUUCGCCCCAAUUUUGGAUUUAAUAAACAGCAAUGAAAUGGAUGUACCUAGAAGAUUAACUUAUGAAUAUUUUAACACUGCUCCUCUCACUAUGCCCAAUAUCAAUAAGCUUAACAUGCACAAACUGGGAGCCCAUUUACGUGACGCGUACGAUGAAUUUCUGGGUGAUAUUUACACGCACGAAACAAUGAAAAUGCAAACGGCCGGGUAUACUUUGUCGAUGAUAUCUGGUCAAUUAGUGAAUUCAGGUCUUUGGCCUCCAGCGGAGAGUCAAAAAUGGAACACGGAUAUAAACAACUGGCAACCAAUACCUACAGAAUACUUGCCCAUGCAGAAAGAUACAUUGUUUCUUGGAAUACAUUGUCCGAGCUUUGCACUCGAAAUGGAAAAAAUGUUGAGAAUGAAUACGGUGCGAGAAAAAUUGUCGCAUUAUGCACCUUUGUUCGAUCAUAUAUCUUCACAUACUGGAAUGAAAAUUCAACAGCCAUCAGAAGUAGCUCUGUUGUAUGCUGUUCUUGAAACGAAAGCCGAUCUGAACCAAUCGCUUCCACAAUGGGCGCAAGACAUUUUUCCUGAUGGAGGAAUGUACAAUGUAUCUUUGCUAGAAUAUGAUCUUCUUUGUGAAACUUCUCUGCAAAAACAAUUGAAUGGUGGUACAAUUCUGAAAGAAAUAUUAGCAAAUUCAUUGAUGUAUAUUAAGGGAAGCAUACCUAAAGAACGGAAGCUCAUGGUAUACAGUGGUAACGAAAGAAAUAUCGUUGGCGUUUUAAAAGCUCUAAACUUAUGGUCACCGCACAUUCCUAACGAGGCCGCUUCUGUGAUUUUCGAACUGUAUUUUGACAAUAAAACAGGAGAUCAUGGAAUGAAGAUUAAUUACUAUACAGGGGUGGAUGGAGAUACUAUUCCUUUGAAAAUACCAAAUUGUACAGAAAUAUGUCCGAUGAAUACAUUCUUGCGUUCAGUAUUUGAUGUCCUGCCGCAAAACGCAGAACUAUUGUGUAACUGGAAAAAGAUUGAUUGGUCUGAUAACAAUGUAAUACUGAGUAAUUCUAUAUACAGUAGAUCUUCAUCAAGUACAUUAGACAGUAUUAUAUUUACCCUGUUAUUAGUAAUUACUUUAUUCGUACAUUAGUUAAUUUGUAUACAUAUUAAUUUCGUCACACUGCAAACAAUCGUAAGGUUU